AACCAAGCUAAUUCGUAUAAAAAUACUCUCACGCCUGUGACAUCAUUUAAAUAGAAAUAAUGAAAAGUGUCAGGAACAAAGCCAACAAAGUGACAGGACAGAUGAAGCACCAACCAGAUGGCGUCAGUGUUCGACAAGUUGAAAUCACUGCUCUGUCUGGCAGUUGACUUGACCAGCAUUAAUCAAAACAGACGGGGACAAGUUUUUGGCUUUUCUUUUCCCGCUUUUCUUUUCACACUGGAAUCCAUAAAAUGUUUUGGGCUGAUUUUGUUAUUCUUAAUUUCACUAGGGCUCUAAUGGAAAAAAGAAAUUCUAGGAACUUUAAUUCUUUUAGGGUCACAGCAUUGUCAUGUGUAUUUAAAAGUUGACUCAACCUGAGCAUUGAGUUCAUGUCUAUUACCUUCAUCUUUAUACGCUGGUUAUGGGAAGGUCAUGCACAUUCAGCAGAUGUUUCUAACCUUUCUCCUUCACGCACAGCAAGUCCCAUAAAUCUGUAAACGUUUUGGAAACACGAUUGUUGAUUCAAUAGCAGGUGCUGCUGCUGUAGAUAAUCUGAUGUGAGAGACCACAAGUCAGUUUAAAGCAUGCUACCAUAGCAUCUGGUAUGAGGUCAUUCUACACCCGACUCCUGGCAUUUUGCGGUGAAGAGAGGACUAUGAAUUAUUUUAGGGCAUUCCUAGUUAUUGGCCCAUGUUUUUUGGCUCUGUGAUGUGCUGGCCCUUCUCCCAGUGUCAUCUGGGAUUGGCUCCAACAUUGCUGCAACUCUAUAGUACUGUAUACCAAGCUAUAUGGAUGAUGGAUAUCAGUUGUCAACCUGCAGAUAGUUCAUUGUAACUGCUAAAAAAUACAGUGUGUGCUAGCCACCAGCUCCUUAUCUGUGACAGGAACUUCUAUCUGAUUGAUUACAUUGACAUGAUAACCACCUCACAUAUAACACUUAGGGUAUAUGUAUAUAUAUAUAUAUACAGUAUAUAUAUAUAAGGAUAUACAUAUACUCUAUCUUCACUGUCGGACAGAGCUGUUCCGAUAAGAGUCUUCAUCAACAUGCUUCCCCCAUAUCAGGGCUCUAAUAGGUUUUUAGUGGUAAUCCGUAAUAUCAUUUGCACUGGCACAGACGUCUUGUAAUGAACUGCUCAUUGGUGCAACCUAAGAUGGCACUCUCCUACUUGCAGCUAUCAUGUAGCUACAGAAGCCACCAGUUCUGGCCUCUCCAUUCAUCUCAAAUCGAUUUUUUAUCCCACCCUGCAUCGUCUCUAUCCAGUUACCGCAUGAUUCAAUCAUUGGGGGGAGGGAGGGGGUAAAAUGGGCUGUAAUGAUGUGAGCUACCACAUCCUAAGUGAUGCUGCUCACACCUUUACUUGAUUUCUGCUCUUAUUCUGUUGGUGCAGCCCUCCAUCUGCUCUGGCUGCUCUAUCUCUAUGUCAGAGUGGUUUUGGUUUCCUGCACUUUUAUCUUUGUCAAAGUCUUGUUUCUUGUUUCCGAUGGGUCAGUUAUCGGUCCUCUCCUGUGUCUCUUUUCUCGGCACUUCACAGUGAAGGAGGAAGAAGAGUAAAGAGCUUUCAGAGCAGAAACGAAGAGUGCAGAUACAUUUCUUUUUCUAUAUUUUUGGGUUCUCUUUUAGUCUUUCACUCGUUUAUCUCUUUCCCAUAUUUAUUUUACUUUAUUGAUUGUUUUAACCACAUCUCUAUCUUCUUGCCUGUUUUUAGCUUCCAUCAACAAUGUCCCUAUUUUCUGUCCUAACGUCAAUCAUCAUGGACCUCAGAGAUGGAUUUCAGGAGGUGAAGUUUGACUCCAGCCCCUCCAUCUCCACCGAUUCUUCUUUGACGUCCUUUGACUUGAGCACUGACCUCACGUCAGUCAGCUCAGACCAAGGUGUGACUCCGCUGACGGUCCAGAACAUCUGCAAACUGCUGGAGGAGCAGCUCUCUGUCAUGCCUACUUCAGCAGAGAGGACCAGGAAGGUUCUGUGGUGGGAGACGUCGUUCCUGGGAAAUGAUGAUCAUAAGAACAAAGCCUCAGGUUGGCCACCUCCUGCCUUGGGUCCAUGGGGAGGACUUCAGGGGCCGCCGUACAGCUGGGACAGCAUGACCAGCAACAGGGAGGGGCCUCACUGCCUCAUCAAUCAAGUGUCCCAGAGCAGUUCUCUGGAGGAGGUUCACCAGGACAUGGUUCCUCCUGCUCCCCGUCUGAUUGAGAUGAGGCGAGACCCAGUCCUGGGCUUUGGCUUUGUGGCAGGAAGCGAGAAACCAGUUGUGGUCCGUUCAGUUACUCCAGGCGGCCCGUCUGAGGGGAAGCUGUUGCCGGGUGACGAAAUCAUCAUGAUUUACGAUGAACCUGUCAGCUCAGCUCCUAGAGAACGAGUCAUUGACCUGGUCAGGAGCUGCAAAGAGACCAUCAUGUUGACUGUGGUGCAGCCAUACCCUUCUCCUAAGUCGGCCUUUAUCAGUGCAGCCAAAAAAGCAAUGCUCAAGUCCAAUCCGGUCAAAGUGCGCUUUGCGGAGGAGGUCAUCAUAAACGGACAAGUCCCUAACCCAGUGAAGGACAACUCCCUGCUGUUCAUGCCCAGUGUUCUGAAGGUUUACCUGGAGAACGGGCAGACCAAGUCGUUUCGCUUUGACAGCAGCACCUCCAUCAAGGACGUGCUCCUGACCCUGCAGGAGAAGCUGUCGAUCAGAUGCAUAGAACACUUUUCCCUCAUGGUGGAGCAGAGAACGGACACCGCCGGAAGCAAACUGCUUCUGCUGCAUGAACAGGAAAUGCUUACUCAGGUGACCCAAAGGCCCGGCUCUGACAAGAUGAAGUGUUUCUUCAGAAUUAGCUUUGUUCCCAGAGACCCGGUGGAGCUGCUCAGGCGUGACGCUGUGGCAUUUGAAUACCUCUACGUACAGAGUUGUAAUGAUGUGGUGUUGGAACGGUUUGGCCCGGAGCUGAAGUACGAUGCCGCACUGCGAUUGGCUGCUCUGCAGAUGUAUAUCCUCACCGUGACAACUAGACAGGACCAAAAAGUAUCCCUUAAAUACAUCCAAAAGGAGUGGGGUCUGCCCCUGUUUCUCCCCCCGGCUGUUCUGUCUACCAUGAAGGAGAAAAACAUCAAAAAGGCCCUGACACACAUCCUCAAAACCAACCAGAACCUGGUGCCCCCGGGGAAAAAACUGACUGCUCUGCAGGCCAAGGUGCAUUACCUGAGGUACCUUAGUGAACUCAGACUGUAUGGAGGGAGGGAGUUCAAGUCCAUACUGUUGCAAGGAGAGAGGCAGACAGAUGUGACGCUGCUCGUGGGUCCACGCUAUGGGAUCAGCCAUGUCAUCAAUGUCCGUACUAACCUGGUGGCUCUGCUGGCUGAUUUCAGCCACGUAAACCGCAUUGAGAUCCUGACUGAGGAUGAGACCAACGUCCGACUGGAGUUACAUGUUCUGGAUGUCAGGCCCAUUACUCUCAUCAUGGAGUCAAGCGAUGCAAUGAACCUGGCCUGCCUUACAGCAGGCUAUUAUCGCCUCCUUGUGGACGCUAGGAGAUCAAUCUUCAACGUGGCUCACUGCAACAGUCCUGGAGGGGAGGAGAGCAGUGAAGAGCCGGUCCUGGAGUGGCCCUACAACAGAUCUUUGGGGGAAAAUGUGGAGCAUGUACUCAGCCAAGAAGAGAUCAACAACAGGAACUCAGCGUAUCCAGAAUCCUGGGAAAAAGAGACUAACAACAGAGACCCUGGCAUCCAGAGAGGUUCAUUGCCGCCUCCUCUUCCUCCUGCAACCAGACACAAACCCCAAGACUCCCCACGGACUGCAAAAGUGUCUUUUAUUUUUGGAGGAGGAGACCAACCUCUGAAUAGGCCCAAGAAACUUGGCUAUGAAAGACUGUUAGAGAGCCCAGAGGGUUCUGAGACUAAACCCCCAUAUUUGCACAACAACACAGUCUGUAACGAGGUGCCCAUGCAGUUCACUGGUCUGACGCAUGUUUAUAGUAACAUAAUAAGUGAGGAAGGUGGUGAGGAGCUACUGUUAAGGGAUCUGUUGUAUCGGGACACGACAGAUGAUGCAGAGGAUGAUGAUGAGGCUUCUUGCGAGGAAGACUCAACUGGUGGAACACCAGUGGGUGAGGACAGAAUCAUUGGAGACUACACUCCACACGAAGGAGUGCUGCCCACUGCUGUUGGCAAGACCACCUUCCUCACACUUUCCGGUUCCACGGAUGACAUUAUCGACCUGACAUCUCUGCCUCCUCCUGAGGGAGACGACGGUGUGGACGAAGAGGAAGAUGACGCACUGCUUGAGACACUCAACCUGGCCAUCGCAGCACCGCCUCCGGGUUUUAGAGACUGUUCAGAUGAGGACAUGACAUCUGAGGGAAAGCAGCGAGGCACUGUUGAUAUCCCUGUAACAUUGGUUGAUGCCAUCGCAACACAAGGGGAAGGAUCAAGGGGAGGGGAGAGAAGGCUGGAGAAUUCAGCCAUGAACACUCUACAGGCACUGGAGGCCCUGUCUGUUUCUGAACAGAUACCUCCUCCACCACCUACUAGUAGAAAUUCAGGUGUUUUCUCAGCUCGAGGCUUUAGCCCAGGAUCGUCCUCAGAUUCUGGAAAUGAGACUAACUCCUCAGAGAUUACAGAAAUCUCUGAAAUGGCUGCUUCUCACAGAUUCGGCGAAAGCCAUCUGCGUCUUCUGGUCGCCACAAGGGAAGGAUACCAACCUUUGCUUGAGGAAAAAACUGAGUUUCCUGUCUCACCUGGAACAGGAGGAACGACACAACACAACAGCUUCAGUCCAACAAGGCACCGUCAGCCUCCAGCAAUUCCUUCAAGGCAGACCCUCCAGUUGGAUCCGACAACAUCAAGGCAGAACAGCCUUAGCACAGGAUCCAGGACAAACCUCUCAUCUACUCUUCAACGUCCAAAAUCCACCACACCAGGGGGUAAGCAUUACAGAAAGUCUGCAGACUCCCGUGGGAAGUACAACACCUUCAGCACGCGUGAAGGGCAGCGUGGAGCAACAGACCACAGUGGUAGCCACCUGGGCUUAGACCGUCAUACUCUGUACUAUGAAAGAGGAGAAAGUCAAGGAAGACAGAAUCCCUUUAAAACUGCAAAUUCUGGAGCUAAAUGUUUUUCUGUUGACCAUCAUAGAAUUCCCUCUCCUUCUUCCUCUACUUCCAACAGCCGCUUGGACAGUGUAAACUUGAACAGUGAAAACUGUGCAGCAGAUAAUGAAGUUGUGUCAAGUGAGCAAGAAGAACACCUAGUUGUAGCAUCACUGGUCUCACCAACCAACAAAUCUAGAGGUGAAGGCUGUCAGAGACAAAAUGACCAUCAACCGAUGUCUAGACAGCAAAGUGUAGCACGGUUGUGUGAGUAUCACCUUGCCAAAAGGAUUUCAAAUUUGCAAGGAGAAGCCCAAAGUUCACUACAGGGUUCUGUGUGCUCAUCACUAGAUGCUGGUGGCAGCACUAACAGCAGUGCUUGUGCAACCCUCAAUGAUUCACCACCUGGCCAAACUGCUGCAGAGUCGAGACCUCAACAGUGUCACCGACAUGUAAUUUCCAGUUCUUCCUCAUCAUUACUCCGGAGAAAUGAAGAAAGCAAACCAGGAAUUCCUUACAGCAUCACUGGGAAGAACAUGCAGGGAAAAGAUUUUCACCCACAUGCUGAUCCUGUUCUUCUUUGGAAGAUGCUGCCCAACCUGUACCCACCUCCCGCUGGAGGAGAACCAGGCAAAAUCAUCCCACACAAACCAUCAAGGCAUAGGGAUAAUGCAAGUGUUGAAAACAAGAAGCUCCAGAGUGAUUUGCAGGUUAAACAACAGACCAGUUUAAAAGGAUCGAACAAGAAGGAAGGCAGUGAUGCCUACAGACAACUAAUCAACUAUUUAACAGUUAGUCAGAUGCAUCAGGCAGGGAAGCUGCACAGUUCUGGCUCCAUGAAAAAGGACACAAGACGCCUCAUCACGAGCAACCCUCACUUGGCAGAGUUGGUUAAGAAUAAGAGCAACACCAUCGCCCGCUGCACAUGCAUGCCCUCUGCCACGUCUUCUCCAUUCUACAGCCCAAAUUCUAAUACUGCGAACACAAAACUAGUAAAUAAAAAUGCAGGAUCUUACCAUUCAGUCACACUUCCUGCCAAACUUAAGAGAAGUCCUGACAUGCUAGAUCACAAAAGACCAAUUGAAGACCUAGCUUUCAGGGCAGCCACAACAUACAGGAGGGGCUCUUUUUCUGGUCUUGAAGGUGAGCAAAACUCUAUUAGUCACAAUGGGGAAUUCAUCCCAGCUGGAAGCCAUAAUGUUGGUGCUAACUCUUACCGUAGCCCUCGGCGGUCAAAGAGUCAACCUGGUGGCAUUUUAGAAGACUGUUUGAAAGCAGAGCCAAGGACAAAACAUGGGGUUUGUCAAUCUCCUAAUCAUCGCCCAGAAGACUCUCUGUGUUUCUCACUUGAACACAGUGUGAGUGGUCAACAAGCAGAACUCAACAGCACCUCAAUAGGAAGAGCUGAAAACCCAUCAGCUUCUACCAGGCAGAUAUCUUCUUCUAGCAGAAAUUGUAGUACAUCUCCAGCUCCCAACUUACAAGGUCAAGUUCCUCCACCUCCUCCACCACCUCCACCUGUUCAAACUAAGACAAGCUCCAGCAAUGUAGGGCUUACACAAAAUUCCAUCCAUACUAUGCAGUCCCAACAGAAUCAGAACCACAUGCAGAGUGUUACCUCUACGCUGCCCCAGACAGACACUAUUGGCAACAGCUUGCCCAGAGGACGGGAACUCAAGCGCAGCUCCAGCAAUGUCACAACAAGUUCUGGCAGUGUGGAGGUUCUUUUUGAUAAGCUCACCCGAAGCCGAAGUCAACAGCCCUUGCUGCCAUCUGGACCCCAGCAAGUUGACACUAAAGGCCAAAAGAGGCCGACAAGAAAGCGUCUUUCCAAGAGUUAUUCCCAAGGUUCCGUGUCCUCCAACACCACCUGCUGGUCCAUGGGCAGUAGAUUAGAUGGUAGAAGGGCAUCAGUGGUAUUUCCACUGCAAAAAGACCUAAAACACAUAAAAAGUUCUCAAAAACUGGAUACUAGUCCCUGGAGAUGCAAUGGCCCUUUUAGUUAUUGUUUCUUUAAACAUAAGAGUGAGGGUGAAGAGGAUGAGAUUGAGUGGGAGAGACCCAGGAAAAGCUGUGAUGAUAUUAACAUUGAAAUGGAAGGUGUGACUUCUUCAACCAUGAGGUCCUGUGGUUCAACAGUAGAAGGAGCUGGCGAGAAGCUAUACAGGGAGGUCCUCAGUAACAUGAGCUUCAGUGACCGUCUUGCACGGAUUAAUACUCUCAAAGACCGCAUGUAUAGCUUUCCAUCUGGAUUCACAGAUGUCCGCCGUGAUGCCAGUGAGCUCAUUGCACUGGUGAGAUCCAGCGUAGGUCGCUGCGAUCGUGGUCCACAAAUGCCCCUCCAGGAUGUGUCACAGUACAAGCAACUUCUGUCUGUGGAGUCAAAAGAACUGGGCCGAGCUUGUCGGAGGAUGGCCCAGGCUCACAGCAGCCCAGAGGAGAUGCUGCUAGCUGUGACGUGUAGCUUCCAGGUUUUGUGCUGUCUAGGUGAGGCCUGCAUGUGUCUGGUUCGAGGGUUUGGAGCCUCAGCUCCACACCAGCAGAGGGAAGUCGUUGCAAAAGUGGAUGAGGUUGUUAUGAACUAUAUCUGUCUGCUGAAGGCAGCUGAGGCAGCCACGGUGGGAGCACCAGGGGAGCACAGCAUGAAAGCCCUGGUCCGUCACUCCAGUACCAUGUCCGCCAUUGCUAAUACACUCACCCGCUCCCUUAAAACGCUGCUCAGCAAGUAGAGGCUACUCCUACUCCUGCUCUGUAGUGUGGCCUAUAAAGUCGGUGGCAGUCUGUCUUUAAGUAUCUUGUUAAAAGCAUAUUGGUUGUAUUACCUCUGGAUAUUCUCCAUAUCACAAUAUCUCAAUGUAUAUCUCAACUGUACAUGGCUUAUUGAUAUACCUGUAUGAUAUACGUGUAUUUAUUACUAAUAAUGCAUAAUACUCUAAAAUGUGUGUAUUAGAUGCUGGUUAGGCGGUUCGAUCUGACUGCAUUUGCUCUUUCUGAAAAGAAUGACAUAUUUUACAAAGCCAUAAACUCACAGAUAUUUGUGAUAUUAAAUGUCACCUAUGAAUACACUUUUACCUGUGCUUUAUGUAAGUUAUAAACUGUUUCUAUUGUACAUAUAUUAAAUUAUAACUGCUGUAGCAUUUUUCAUAAGGCCAAUAGAUAUUCUGCUUUUUAGAUAAUUUAUAUUAAUAUGGGAGUUAACUCAGUUAAAUCAAAGUGCAGCUUUGACAUAGAUAAUUAUCAUUUAAAGUAAUUAAAGAUACAUGCAGAAAUUUAAAUGGCAUUUAAUGGAGUUAUUAAAUACAGAUGCUUUGAAAGAAAAAUAAUUUGUUUAUAUCUAACUAUAUAUAUAUCUGUAGGACAUGGUGGAAAUACAGGGAUAAAGACGUUGCACUGCAUUUCUCACUGCUAUAUAUUUUAUCAUCUAUAACGUCUGCUCUGUUGUGUACGCAGAUUAAUUUAUUACAACACCUAGAUCUAAUUUUCCAGGUUGUCACAUUCAAUAUUUCUCUUUCUAAUACUUUUUCAUCUGUUUUCAAAUAAAUGCAUCAUUUUUCUCACAUGUAUCAAUAUUGCAGUGAUGACAUAUUUUCUUUUUCAUAUUUCACAAACCUAUUAAAAGGUUUUGCAAA